UGCUCCCCGGCAGGAAGCAGGAAAUGUAGAUGCCCGGGCGCAGCAGGGCGGCUGCGGAGCGCCCCUCAGGUGGGAGCGCGGCCGGGGCAGCAUGCGGGGCCCCGCGAUGCUCGCCCUGCUCUCGGCCCUGGCGCUGGCUGCGGGACCCGCCGCCUCCGAUGCUGGGACUGAUGGAUCAGGAGAUGGAUCAAUGAUAUCACCCACUUUCACAGCGACACAUCUUCCUGCUGCGAGCCCUUCGACUGUGGAUGACCAUGGGCCAGUACUUGUAACUGCAGGCACUACUGAAAGCAGCUUUGAUGCACAGAGCUCUCCAAGUACUGAACUGAAUGCUGUGAAUGAUGAGGAGAGCCUCGAAGCAACAGAACAGUCUAUCUUGAUAUAUGUUGUCCCUGUGGCGCUGCUGGUCCUGCUGAUUUUAUUGAUCACAUUUUUUGUAAUGCAUCAUAAAAGGAAAAAGUCCAAGCAAGAUGAGCUGGGAAGUGAAAAUGUAAAAAGUCCUAUUUUUGAAGAAGACACACCCUCUGUUAUGGAGAUAGAAAUGGAAGAGCUCGAUAAAUGGAUGAACAGCAUGAACAAAAAUGGUGAUUGUGAAUGUUUACCUACUGUAAGAGAAGAAGAAAAAGAAUCAAUUGCCAACCCAAGUGAUGGUGAAUCAUGAAGUCCUCAGGACAGCAAAGAACUGGCUAAAGGGAUGCAGAACAUAAGCUCAUCAUCCUCCAGAUAUUGGAAGAACUGGAUUUAAAUAUAAGUCAUCUCAAAAGGCCAGAGAAGCAAAUGCUUUUGUUGUCUUCUGCUUCAUAUGGUCUUCAGAAAGGAAACAUCGCCAAGGGAAAAGAAGAAAAUAAAAAGAAGGGAAAAAAAAAAGAAAAUAAAGAAAAGCACUCUAGCAAGAUUAAUGACUCAUUUAAAUUCUUUUUGCAAUGAGAUUCACCCCAAAUCAAGAGAAACCCCUGCAGAACGUUCUCAAAGUAGUCCAUAUUUCUGUCUAGUUCCACAGUUGUGUAUUGUGCAGCACUUAAAACCAAUUCUGUUCCAGGUUUGGUUUCUUCAGUUUGGUUUGGUUUUGUGGGUAUUUUUUCAGUGUCCAUAAUUCUGACUGCCCUGGUUUGGUGGAUGUGAAGCUCAUGCCUAUGCAAUGUUUAUUUCUCAAUUUGCUUUUUCUGAGCAGUGCACUGAUUUGCACAGGACUGCUGUUGGGGGGUACCAGGCUAGGACUGCCAGACCAGCUCUGAGCACAGACAGCAGCUGAAAUGCCUCUCAAAGCAAUAGCCAGAAGUGACUGCAGCCCAGCCAGGGCACAGACUCUGCAGAGUGCUUAAAGGCCCUGUAGAAGUGGCAAGUAUUAUUUUGAGACUGCCUUUCAGUUUGUUUUCUCCAUAGACGAGUGCCCUAGGCUAGCUCUCCCUGUGUAACUCUUCUCCCUGCCCAGGGCUAUUCUCUAACCACCUACUUCAGGAAUAUUCAACUUAAAAACAUCUCUCUCUCUCUUUUUUUUUUUUUUCUUUUUAAUGAGUGAGGUUGAAAAAUGGAACAAUUCGCAUUAAAUACAGAUUUAGAUAAGCAUGUGUUAUGCAUAACUACUUGGUCAAGGUUUUCAGAUACAGGAGGUUUUCUGCUGCUUCUGUCUUUAAAUACUGAGCCUGCAAUACCUGAAAGACAAGGACUUCUAAGUGUGCCCAGCCACUUUUAGUUACAACGAAAAAAAUCAGACUCCUGGCAUACCUCAAGGUGGGAAUAUGAAUGAUGUAACUGUGUCCACUGAUUUUAGAUAGCAUGUCUCUUAGGGAUCAGACCUUAAUUAUGUAACACACAUAAAAAUGAAUCUUUGUUUGGGCAAAGUUUCUCUUACCUUAUUUAAGAUAGCAGUUUCAUAUCUCACCAUAUCUUAUGUCCUACCUAUCCUCAUAUUCUAUUUAAAUAUAUAAUGCCUUCCCACUCAAUACAUGUUUAAUAUGAUCAGGUUUUUUUGCCUGCAAAUAAUUCACUAAUAAGUUACCAUGCAUAGCUUGAUUAAAGAGAGAAAACAAAUGCCCCAAGCCUCUGUGAUGGCAUCUAAGUAUCACUAGCAGCUGACAGAGGAUGGUUCAGCUUUGUGAAUAAUUAAAGACAUGUCAAAAUACAGAAGGAAAAAAUGUUUAGAGCUAACCAUAUUCAUUCAUUAUUGAAUUUAAAUUGAUUAGUAAUUUCCUCAAAGAAUAAAAAUUUUUCCCUGUGUGGAUGAUUUUUAACUUUGAAAGAAGUGUUUCAAGGUCAUCUUUCACAACUUUUUUUUAAACAUUUCCACUAUUUCCUGACAGUAAACCCAUCAUGUAGAAUAUUGGU